CUCUGCCAGCCCAUUCGGCUGAUGCUGGGGUACACGGGCACUGAGUUCGAGGAGAAAAACUACCCUGUCGGCGACGCCCCAGACUACGACAAGAGCGAAUGGCUGGCCGUCAAGUUCAAACUCGGCCUCGCCUUCCCCAACCUUCCCUACUAUAUCGACGGAGACGUGAAGAUAACGCAGAGCAAGGCCAUCAUGCGCUACCUGGCACGGAAGCACGGCCUGUGUGGCACGACGCCGGAGGAACUCGUCAGGACAGACAUGUUAGAGUGUCAACUGACAGACAUGCACGAAGCUUUCUUUACCGUCACCUACGAACACUACGAACAGAAGGAUGCCUACACGGCCUCCCUCCCCGCCAAGCUGAGGCAGUACUCGGACUUCCUCGGCAGCAGACCCUGGUUCGCCGGAGACAAGCUGACCUACAUCGACUUCCUGGCCUACGAGAUCUUCGACCAGCACCUCAGCCUCGACCGCACUUGCCUCGACGGCUUCAAGAACCUCCGGGCCUUCCAGAAGAGGUUUGAGGAUCUCGAGGCCAUCAGGAAGUACAUGGCGUCGCCGAAGUUCCUCAAAAAACCGAUUUGCAACAAGUACGCUCAGUUUACGAUCAUUGAGGGAAAAUGAAGCGUUAGAUGGCUUGGUUUUUGAAGAGGAAGAGAUACGAAGUGAAGAGGAAGAGAACUAUAUGAAAAGAAAAGAUGUGAAGAACCGGGGUCAAGAAUUAUACUAUUAAUUUGUGAUUUUUUUAUAUGAGAAAGUAAAAUUAUGAG